CAGGAUCCAGCAUAGCCGUGAGGUUAAAAUGGAGAUUUCUGAUGCCCAGAGAGUGUUUCAGACAUCUCAGUACAAGAGUGCAAUUAGCCGGGGUCCCAUCAUUGCAUUAUUGUGUCUUGGCAGUGGGAUAUCAGAAGCAUGUAGCAAGAUUGGGCAGGAAUUAAAUGCAGACGCACAGGACCAGGUGGUGUAUGUGACUUCAGACAGCAACACCAGCAACCAGCAGAUCGAUGCUUUCUUUUCCUAUGCCUCAAUGACCCUUUCCAUGUAAGGCUUACAACCAGGAGCUCGUGCAAUAACUCUUGAGAUCUUUUUUAAGUUACAGAUCUGAUUAUGGGAUAAUAACAUUCCAGUUACAUUCCUUAUAAAUUAUUUCAUUAAAGUAUUUUAUUACUUUCUUUUCUGUUUUCCAGUUUUCGUUUUCAUUCUUUAUUUUUAAAAAUAUGUAAUGAGAAUUUUGUACAAAGGAUGGUCAUCAUAAGUAUGCAUUUUGAGUAUACUGUGUACCUACAGAUUUAAUUUAUUUGUAUAUUAUUACAAUAUUUGAUAUUAUUUCAAAUGUACAUUUAGUAUUUACUUUGUAUGAAGUAUGUAUUAGCAGUCAUAAAGAAUUCCAACCCAUAGUGAUGUAAAUCUAGUCAUUCCUGAUUUAAAGACAUUGCUGACUAAAAGAGAUUCAUAUAGAGAAAAAGGUAUUUAGAAAGUUUGAGUUUUCUAAUGUAAUUAAAAAGACACAGUUGUGAUGGGUUUAAGCCUUUGGUUGUGAAACUAAUUAUUAGUAAAGUGAAAGCAAUUAUAAUUAGAACAGUGGCUGUGUUGUGCGGUUGUAGUAAUUGCUUUGUGUUGGAGCUUUGUUGUAUUCAGGAAGUCUAUUAGGAAAGAGUUUCAGAUAUAUUAGAAAAGAAAGAAUAGAGACAGUGAAGAAUGUUCAGAACACCAGCAAUCUGUUUUCUUUUUUCUUAAAACAAGUGAUUAUGGCAUUAGAAUAAAUUAAAAUUUACAAUGAUAAAUGGGGAGAGAAGGCCUGUGGUCAUUAUACAUAAAGUAAACCAGAAAUAUAAAAUCAUGUAUUUGUAUUACACUGUGCUGUAUGAAGAUACUUGAUCAGCUUACAUUUAUUCAGGAGAAUGAUAGUUAGGAAUAAUGUUGUAAGGUUCAUGGCAAAUUAUGUAUAUGUAUUUGAAAUAAU